AUGGCAAAUGGACGUGUAAGAGUCGGAGCAUUACAAAUAUCAAAAGUUCUUUUCAACUUUGUCAAUCAAGAAGUUGUACCCGGCAUAAAUAUAAAUCCUUCUUCAUUUUGGACUGGUGUUCAUCCAAUUAUUUCGGAAUUUGCACCUAUUAAUAGAUCUCUUCUAAAAAAAAGAGAUGAUCUACAAGCUAGAAUCGAUGAAUGGCAUCGUACACGUAAAGGAAAACAUAAUGAUAUUGCUGCUCAUAAAGCAUUUUUAUAUGAAAUUGGUUAUUUAUGUCCACAAAAUACUGCUGAUAAUUUUCAAAUUAAUACAAGUAAUGUAGAUGAUGAAAUUGCUGUUCAAGCCGGUCCACAAUUAGUUGUUCCAUUAAUGAAUGCACGAUUUACGUUGAAUGCAACAAAUGCUCGAUGGGGUUCACUAUAUGAUGCUUUAUAUGGUACAGAUGCUAUUUCGGAAGAUGAUGGUUGUGAAAAAACAGAAAAAUACAAUAAAAAACGAGGUGAUAAAGUAAUUGCAUUUACACGUAAAUUUCUUGAUCAAUAUGUUCCAUUGGCAAAUGGUUUAUCACAUACUAAUGCUAAGAAAUAUAGUGUAGAAGCUGGACAAUUGAAAGUUACUUUACAAGAUAAUACCAUGGUUGGAUUAAAAUCUCCUGCUCAAUUUGUUGGUUAUCAAGGUGAUGCUAAUACGCCUAAAUCUAUUCUUUUUAUACAUCAUGGUCUUCAUAUUGAAAUUCAAAUUGAUCGACCUAAUAGUCGAAAUGAUGCUGCUGGAAUUAAAGAUGUAUUUCUUGAAUCAGCCGUGACAACUAUUGUUGAUUGUGAAGAUUCAAUAGCUGCAGUUGAUGCAGAUGAUAAAGUAGAAUUAUAUCGAAAUUGGCUUGGAUUAAUGAAAGGUAAUUUAGAAGCUGAAUUUCCGAAAGGCCAAACAACAAUAACACGAAAACUUAAUCAAGAUCGUAUUUAUAUGUCAAAAACUGGUACCAAAUUACAAUUGCCUGGUCGAUCUCUUCUUUUUAUUCGUCAUGUUGGCCAUUUAUUAUAUACUGAUGCUAUAUUAGAUAAAGAUAAUCGUGAAAUUCCUGAAGGUAUUCUUGAUGUUGUUAUUACAACAUUAAUUGCUUUACAUGAUCUCAAGGGUACAUCAAUAAAUGGUAUCAAAAAUAGUCGUACUGGUUCAAUUUAUGUUGUUAAACCAAAACAACAUGGCCCAGAAGAAGUUGCUUUUACUUCACGUCUAUUUUCUCGUGUUGAAGAUCUUCUUCAACUACCACGCAAUACACUUAAAAUGGGUAUUAUGGAUGAAGAACGUCGUACAACACUUAAUCUUAGUGCAUGUAUUCGUGAAGCAAAAGAUCGACUUGUUUUCAUUAAUACAGGAUUUCUUGAUAGAACUGGUGAUGAUAUUCAUACAUCAAUGGAAGCUGGUCCUCUUAUACGUAAAGGUCAAAUGAAAGAAGCUAAAUGGUUAGCUGCAUAUGAAAAGAAUAAUGUAGAUGUUGGUUUAAGACAUGGUCUACCAGGAAAAGCUCAAAUUGGUAAAGGAAUGUGGGCUAUGCCUGAUAUGAUGGCAGCAAUGAUACAACAAAAAAUUGUUCAUCCACAAGCUGGAGCAACUUGUGCUUGGGUUCCAUCGCCAACUGCAGCCACUCUACAUGCUUUACAUUAUCAUCAAGUCGAUGUUUUUGCUCGUCAAAAUGAAUUAUCUUCUACAUCGUCUCUAUCGAACGAUUAUCUUGAUGAUUUAUUAACAAUUCCAAUUCUUACUAAGACUCUUUCAUCUGAAGAAAUUCAACGUGAAUUAGAUAAUAAUGCACAAAGUAUACUAGGUUAUGUUGUUCGUUGGAUUGAUCAAGGUAUUGGUUGUUCAAAAGUGCCUGAUAUAAACAAUAUUGGAUUAAUGGAAGAUCGAGCGACAUUACGUAUUUCGAGUCAAUUAAUUGCAAAUUGGUUACGACAUAAAAUUGUUACGAAACAACAAAUUAUACAAACUUUUCAACGAAUGGCUCGAGUUGUUGAUCAACAAAAUGCAGAUAGUUCCGAUUAUCUACCAAUGGCUGCUAAUUUUGAUCAGAAUAUAGCUUUUCAAGCUGCACUCGAACUUGUACUUGAUGGAGCUAUACAACCAAAUGGUUAUACGGAACCUAUUCUACAUCGUCGACGACGCGAAUUCAAAGCUCGGCAACAGCAACAACGAGAAGGAUCGCAACAGAAGCCGGAAUUGCCACUUCGCAGUUCUCUCUAA